GCAGCCACGGCGUCAGGUUCCUCCGCCGAGCGCGGACCAGUGUCCCUCGGCUCGGCCUCCAGUCUACUCCAAAUUUCCUCUCUGGCCGCCGCCCGUCUGUUUCAGGCCUCCCGGAUGCUGGUUUUCCGGCCAGUAGUCCCGGCGACGCUGCCUGCCGGCGCUCGGGCAUAAGCCUGGCCUGGACUGCGGAGGCCAGACGCGCCGCCGCCGGGACCCCCGGGACCCGCCCCCGAGCGACACGCACUUCCGGCGGCGCGGCGGCGGGGACGGAACCCGGCGGGCGGUGAUGGACGCGCUGGCGGUCAUGAUGCAGGAUCUCCUGACCCAGAACCGUGCGCUGCGCAGGGAGAACAAAGAGCUCAUGGACCAGGUGCGGCGGCUCCUGUGCGAGAAAGCCAACCUGCUGGCCCAGGUGCGCCCGCCCGCCUGCCCAAUGGCUUUUCCCGAGACGUUCAAAGGCGACUCCGCCCGGCUUCCCGAGUUUUUGAUCCAAGCGGCCUCUUACAUGAGGUUCUUUGAGGCCAGGUUCUCGAAAGACACCCUCAAGGUGGCGUUUUUAAUCAGCCGCCUCAGUGGGCCGGCCGAGGAGUGGGUUGUUCCCUACAUCGAGAGGGAGAGCCCCAUCCUGUCGCAUUACGAGGGCUUCGUGGACGCGCUGAAGCGGGCCUUUGGCAGGAACGGGUAGGAAACGGCAGUGCUGCGAGCCCCACGGACCGGGUCGUGCUUGGCCGUGACUCACAAAGAGUUCUCCAGUACCCACCUGCUGGGCCCGACCCUUGCGAGGAAGCCCCGCUGCCUUUGCACUCGGCCCAGCAACGCGGCCACUGGCGGGGGGCCUGUUAGCAAUUGAACGGACCACCCCGAAUCGCGCUCCUGCCGUCUCUGAAAACUGCUGCUGCCCGCCUUGGACGAUCUGUGCCAGCUUGGGAAGUGCUUGAGCUUGUCACAUGCCCGGGGACACCGAUUUGGAGACCUCAGGUCCGGAGACAGCUGCCAGGGUUCGCGUGGCUGGCAGACAAAUAUUGACACUCCUGCCCCAGGAACCUGUUUUUCACAUACUUCCUUUCUGUUCUGAAACCACAACAGGCUCAGAGACUGUGCCUUUUAUCAGAAAAGUCUAGGCGCUGAACAGUAUAUGAAAAACGCAUUUACUUUUAAAAUGUAAAUAUAUAUCUUACAGCACCAUAUGUUGGGGACUGUACUUGGGGUUACAGGAGAAACAGAUGAAUAAGACCAAAUGUAUAUCUCCACAGGAACAUAACUGUGAGAAAAAAUUCUAAGUGCAUAUUCUGAUGUCUGGUAAAAUAAUGCUUUCAUGUGCAGAGAAUGGCAUAUUUGCUUCUUGUUUUAUGGCCUUUUCACAUCACAGUUUUAAAAUACAUGUUAAAAACAUGUGCAGCUUACAAAGGAGGCAGAAAACCCAACUUGAGCAAUUUCUUUGCUCCUGAAUCUGGCAAAGACGGUGUUUUUAAGGAUGGGUGCAACUUGUAGCAAAAAGAAGGGGUAGCAGGGAAUGGUGCAUUCUUUGAGCUGUAUCCACUCACCUUUAUUCCCCUGUAUUAAAUGACUUGGCUGCUUCCUUUUUUGUAAA